CCUUCCCUCGUCAUCCCUUUCUCCCGAGAUCCAGACUUUGUUGACCGCGAAAUGCUGCUCGAUCGGAUACACGAGAAGUGCUCUCCGCCGGCACCGCGAAUAGCACUAUUUGGCCUGGGAGGUCACAGGAAGUCGCAGCUUGCUAUCGAGCACUGCUACCGCACCAUCAAGCAAUCGCCUGAAACGUGGGUAUUCUGGGUCCACGCGAGUAACGCGGCCCGGUUUGAGGAGAGCUAUCAAGACAUUGCAAGCUCCGUCGAGGUGCCCGGCCGGCAGAACCCUACAGCAGAUGUAUUCCAGCUGGUACACGACUGGCUGCGGGAUGAGAGGAACGGAAAAUGGGUCCUCGUCCUCGACAAUGCCGAUGACGCUAGGUUCCUGCUAGAGGCUCGAAGCGCCGGUCGUGAUGGGCCAACGAACGACUUGGAGGUUAGAAGCUCGCAGCCGCUCGUAACCUAUGUUCCGCAGUGCAAGAACGGCUCGGUUCUGGUGACGACACGUAGCAGAAAUGUGGCACUGCAGCUUGUUGAAGAGUGCGACAUUGUUGCAGUCGAGCCGAUGGACAAGAAGGAUGCGCAGGCGCUUUUGCAGAAAAAGCUAGGGCGGCAGGAUAGUAGCGAGGAGGUUAUCGAGCUUGCAGCAGCGCUCGAGUUUAUACCACUUGCCAUGGUCCAAGCGGCGGCAUACAUCUCACAACGUCGGCCCCGUUGUUCCGUGCAACAGUACCUUCGGGAUUUCCGAAGAAUCGAUCGCAAGAGAACAAGUUUGCUCGACUGUGAAGGGGGACAGCUCCGCCGAGACUGGGAGGCGGAGAGCUCGGUCAUCAUAACGUGGCAAGUAUCAUUCAACCACAUCCGCGAUAUCCGACCAUCCGCAGCUGACUUGCUGGCGCUUAUGAGCUUCUACGACCGCCAAGGAAUUCCAGAGGCUCUACUUCGAAAUCGUGCAGAACAGGAAAUCGCCCAGCAAAGCCAGGAAGAGCGCGACAGCGACUAUAAUGAUUGGGGCGAGGACGAAGACAACGUGUUGCGCUCUAGCGCGAGCGAAGGCUUCGAAGCGGAUGUCCUGACACUGCGCGACUACUCUUUCAUUUCCGUUAAUGCAGACGGCGCAACCUUUGAAAUGCCCAGCCAGGUGCAGCUGGCGACGCGGAAAUGGCUGGAGGUUCAUGGGCAGCUAGAGAAUUGGAAGCGGCAGUUUGUUAGGAACCUCUGCGAAGCGUUUCCAACAGGAGAGUAUGAGAACUGGGCAAGAUGCCAGACGCUUUUUCCGCAUGCCAAAUCAGCAGCAGAGCAGCCCCCUAAGGGAGACGACGCAUUGGCUGAUUGGGCUACAAUACUACACAGGGCAGCAUGGUACGCAUGGAGAAUGGGAAAUGGGAUUGAUGCAGAGAAGAUGUCGGUUCAGGCGAUGAAUGCAAGGAGGAAGACGUUCGGUCGAGAACAUCAAGACACGCUGAGUAGCAUGGCGAUGGUAGGCUUGGCGUAUAAACUUAUAGGCAGAUGGGACGCUGCCGAAGCGCUGGAGGUGGAAGUGAUGGAGAUAAGCAAGACGCAGCUCGGAGCGGACCAUCCAGACGCGCUGACCAGCAUUGCAAAUCUGGCGUCGACGUACAGGAACCAAGGACGGUGGGACGCUGCCGAAGCACUAGAGGUGGAAGUAAUAGAGGCUCGCAAGGCGAAGCUCGGAGCGCACCAUCCAGACAUGCUGACUAUCAUGGCUAACCUGGCGUCGACGUACAGGGAGCAGGGCCGAUGGGAGGCCGCCGAAGAGCUGGAGGUGCAAGCGAUGGAGACAAGAAAGAAGGUGCUUGGACCAGAGCACCCAGACACCCUUACUAGCGUUAGUAACCUCGGAUUAGUGUUAGAGAGCCAGGGCAAGUACGAAGAGGCGGAAGCAAUGCAGCGACAAGCACUAGAAGGAUACAAGAAGGUGCUUGGACCAGAGCACCCAGACACCCUUACUAGCGUUAGCAACCUCGGGUUAGUGUUAGAGAGCCAGGGCAAGUACGAAGAGGCGGAAGCAAUGCAGCGACAAGCACUAGAAGGAUGGGAGAAGGUGCUUGGAUUAGAGCACCCAUACACGCUCACUAGCGUCAACAACCUCGGGUCAGUGUUAAAGAUGCAGGGCAAAUACGAAGAGGCGGAAGUAAUGCAUCGACGAGCACUAGAAGCAAUGGAAAGGGUGCUUGGAUUAGAGCACCCAUACACGCUCACUAGCGUCAACAACCUCGGGUCAGUGUUGGAGAUGCAGGGCAAAUACGAAGAGGCGGAAGCAAUGCAUCGACGAGCACUAGAAGCAAGGGAAAAGACCUAGCCCUGAGACAACAACAACAACGAGCAGUCCGCCUCCUUUUCUCCCCGCCUCCACGAUCCACGAAGUCGCCGUCCACGGAAGAGCUCGGCCAAUCUAACUGAAUCGGGUUUUGGAUGUCCAGCAGUUACGGACACGGGGUUACCUGCCGGGCCAUUGCAGUACGGCCAAGUAUACAGCAGCGGUAUAUCGGCGAGCUUUCGGGUCUCGAUAUGACGCCGCACGAUAUACUUCGCACAUCUGGUUCUCCGACAUCAUGUCUCAUUGCCAUAUCCAUGCAAUUCUCAUCCGGAAAAAGUCCCCCAUCUUGAUCUCCCCCCACGUCAUCUGCUAGUCCAAGCAGAUAACUACGGUAAUAGCCAUCUCUCUGCAGUCAAUCUCAAGGGUAGGGCAUCAUGGCCUCGACAGCAC